UCUCCAGCGAAGGGGUGAGAUUGUUAGUACUUUGGACUGAUGCUUAUGCCCGCUACAUCCGUACUCCUUCUAGUGCCAAACGUCUAAUGAUCCCAAACCAUCCAUCCCCCACCAUUGAGUCUACUCCGCAUACAACAGAACAAGCACCUGCACCAUGAAAAUCAUCCUCGCCGGAACAACCGGGCUUGUAGGCCAAGAGGUCCUCACCCAGUGCCUGGCCCACCCCUCAAUCACCUCCAUCCUCGUCCUGUCGCGUCGCGAACUGCCCAAUAACAUCACCCACCCCAAACUCCAGGUCCACCGCAUGCAAGACCAGGACUUCCUCUCCUACGCCGACCCGCAGCUCGCCGCCUCCCUCCCCGGCGCCACCGCAUGCAUCUGGACGCUAGGCGUGCCGCCCUCGCGCGCGUCAGCUGACGAAGAGGCCUCCCGGAGAGUCACGCUGGAGUAUACCAGCCAGGCAGCCGUAGCGUUCAACGAGGCCUUUACUGCUUCUCUGGCCGGACCAGGACGAGAAGAAGCCCCUUCCGCGGCCGGCUCAAGAUUCCGCUUCGUGUACUUCAGCGGCGGGAUGGCGGAGCGCGAUCAGACGAAGUCUUUGUGGGUGACGGCGGGAUAUCGUCGGUUGAGGGGCCAAGCCGAGAAUAUCUUUCUGGAGUUUCAAGCCGGGCACUCCACCACGUUCGAGUCAUAUAUCAUGCGUCCAGGCAUGGUGCUCAGUCGCCAGGGGACACUGGCCGAUCGGGUCCGGAGUCUGGCGCCCUCCGUGCGGGUGGACGUGUUGGCGCGGGCGGCGGUCGAUCUUGCCGUUCAGGGGCAUUCGGAGAAGAUCUGGGAGAAUGCGCAGAUUACGGAGUGGGAGGGUGUUGGUGGGCGAGAGAGUUGAUUUCGAUCACUGGUGUCGAUCGCAGUUGUAGACUGAAGAUCCAUAUCAUGCGUUGUCAUGAAAUGCGGUUAUACUGGAUGCUUCUUGCAAUGGACGCUCA